CCAAGUCUCCAACCCACCCCACAGACCAGAAGCACAGCUCGCUCUCCUCCCACUCCACGCCACAGAUCUCUCCCUCUCUGCUCUCCACACCAUGGCCGAGGACGCCCCCAACGCCGGCGCCGAGGGCGUCCACCCCGCGCCCACCGAAGCCUCCGCCGACGCCGCUACCCCUCCGGCGUCGGCAGAGAAGGCCUCGCCGGAGACGCUGCUCCCGUCGCUCAGCAUCUGGCCGCCGUCGCAGCGCACGCGCGACGCCGUUGUGCGGCGCGUCGUGCAGACCCUGUCCGCGCCCAGCGUCCUCUCCCAGCGCUACGGCGCCAUCCCGGAGCCGGAGGCCGAGGCCGCCGCCGCCGAAGUCGAGGCCGAGGCCUUCGCGGCCGCAUCGGAGUCAGCCGCCGCCUCCCCAGCCUCCCUGGAGGAAGGGAUCGAGGUCCUCCAGGCGUACUCCAAGGAGGUCAGCCGCCGCCUCCUCGAGCUCGCCAAGUCGCGCGCCACUGCCACCGCCGCUGCAGGGACCCCUGCGGAGCCGAGCGCUGAAGAGUCUGAGGGUUCGUCGGCGACUGCUCCGCCCCCAACGGAGGAGUAAGGUGCUAGCUCCGAGCUUUGAUCCACUAAGAUGUGCUGCUAUUUUGGCAUUUCGUUGGAGAUUAUCUAUUGUUACUACUACUUCUACUACUACUACUUUACUAGAGAUGCCUAUGAGAUGGGGAAUUGAUGUUUGUUUCAUGAACCUGGUACCUUGCUACAAACUUUAAGCCAUAUCAGCCUAUCAGGGGUGCAUCAUUGUCCUUAAGGUGUGCAUGAAUGAUUCAUCAGGUCAUCUGUAACGCCUGCAGUAGAUUGCAAGCAGAUUGUACCAAUGAAUAUUUGUACUAAUGGUGCUAAUUGUAUGCUUGUUCCUUCA